AUGGCGUCGAUGGAUCGGCAGAAAUUAGUGGAGGACAAGAAGCAAGAACUUCUUCGUCGAAUUGCAGAGAAAAAGAAAAACAGUCAAACCACUCAACCACCGUUACCUUCAUCUUAUGGCGGAGCUACACAGAUCAUUCAAAAUGAUAAUCCCGCUCCAAGUGGUCCGAAAAUGUUUGUAAACGAUGGAAAUUUCUUAGCUCGCUUUCAAGCGAUGCAACAGCAGCAGAAAACACAGGAAGCUAGCUCGAGUUCGACGGCAACAACAGCAGCAGCUAGUAGCUCCGACUGGCGUCCGACAGUUAGCAUGAAGCUAACCACAGUUAAAAAAUCAACACCUGCAAAACCGGCAAGACCGGACGUCUUCGAAACGCCAGAAGAAAUCGAAGAAAAUGGUAAUUUGAAAUAUUUGAAGCUUCGUUCUCUCUUAGCUUGGUAUCUUAAAGGUCUUGAUUGCAGCCAUACCUUUGUGUUUGGUGUAGUUUUGAUCUCGUUAAAUGCUUGAAAAUGUUCUGAUGAGCGGUAUAAUUAAGUUCCCCCACCAGAAGAUCAAGCCAUACUUGAUGCUAUUGAGGUACUGGCAGCCCGAGUGGUAAGAGGUGGAGACCAAGUUGAACGUUCCGCCAUUCAAGACAACGUUAACAACCCACAUUAUAGGUAAGUUUUAGUGGAGCAGUACCCAUUCAGUCGUUCUGAUGUCUAGCCAAAACAUCCAUUUAUCUCAGUUUGUUAAAAGUGAUUUGAGCAACAGCCAUUUUCUUUUAAGAACUUUGAAUAAUAACACAUUUUAAUUCUUAAUUCGUUAGUCCUCUCCUUCCAAACCUGCCAACUUUUGGUAAACCCAACUUUUCCUACGUCAAAUGCGUGUGAUUUCCGUCUCUUGAUUUCUUGGGUUUUCUUAAAAAAAUCUAACAUUCUGAAUGGUGCUUAAGACGUUCCAGUGACUUCCAAACAUCACCAAAGAUUCCCAAAGAUUUCCAGAGAAUGCCAAAUGUGGCAGUACAAAGCGCCAAAUCUUGGCACCACCUUACCAAGAUCACGCAUAUCCAUUCUUGGCGAGAUUACAGAGGCAAGGUAUCAGGAGAUCUUGCUGAGAUCCCUCAUGCCUUGGCAAGAAAACCUUUUUGGUCAAUUUUCAAGUUAAUGGUUAUGGAACGUCUGAAAUUGUCUUGUAUGCAUGUGAUUGGUGUUUUUGAUCCACAGGCAUGUGACACAGGUGUAAUGCACGUGAGAUGGCAGUAUAUUCUACUCCCCUUGACUAAAUUAGACAGGAAAUUUUCAUUCUUGGUGAAUGCAUGCUUGUCACACAAUAGACAAAUAAAAAAUUGCUUCUAAGAACAAUUAAACAAGUAGAUCCCAUUUUACCAUGCGUCUGUUUAGUAAUAGAUCACAGAUGAUGUCAAAAUGUGGUAAAAACCAAGAAGCACACAAGCCGCAGGCACAUUAUUAAUUCUGCAUUAUACUUAAGUGAUUACACUAGUGUGUUUACAAUUUCCUACACCUAAUUUAAUAGACAUUAAUAAAUCCUGAGCUACAUGUACUGUUAUGGCCAUUGUAUGAUGUCGUAUUUGUAGUAUAAGUUAGUGUGGUUAGGAGAUCUCAAAGUAGCUUGAGAGCCUAUAGUUUGAUCUAGGUCUCCUCAUAAACAUUUUAAAAUGUUUUAAUAUUAUUCAAAAAUAACAAUCUUAACUAGAGAAAUUGCACAAUUUCCCAGUGAUGAAACUUUUUUUACAGUUUGCAUAGCGUGUUUUGUGACAUCUGGAAAAUCAUGUGUAAUUAUAUUUUCCUAAUACCUGAGACUAUCAUUCCACUUCACAGAUUCCUUUUUGACGUAAACAGCCAAGAUCACAAAUACUACAGAAACCUUGUUAAAAACUUACGACCAGGAGUUAGUAAUGCAGCUAGCAGUGGAGAAAGGAAGAGAAAAAGAAAGAGCCGUUGGGAUACAGAUGCACCCAAAGGGGCUUCAUCAUCAUCAUCAUCUGAUAAUGAUGCAGCAGUCGCUGCAGCCUUAGCAGUUGCAGCAGAGAUUGAGCACAGCAUUCCAAUGAGUAACAGAGAAGAAGAAGAAAGACAAAAACAAAUUAGAGAACAGCAAGAGGUACUUAUCAAAUCAAUAUGAAACUUUAAUAUAUUGCAUUCCCAAUUCCAAUACCAGCUUCUGGUCUGGAAAGUGUGAACUUUCUGUAACCUAACUUCCUGCCCAUUAAUUUGUUUUUUGUUUUGCACUCAUCAAUAUUGUUCAUGUUAAACCUAUGUUACAGUAUUUUGAGUACUGUUAAAUUGUUAUUGAGGGCUACCAUAUUGGGACUCUGUUUCAUAAAACUUUCUACUUCAUUCCCAUUUGUUGACCUAUGCUAUCUAUUUGAGUUUUCAAGUUUUGCUCUAACAAUCUUUUUUGACUUGUCAAGUUGCUAUACUCUCAAAAUAUAUUUUCCUUCUUCCCUGUUAGUUCCACAGCUUCUGGUCACCCCUCUCUCUGUGCUCUGCUCCUGCAUUCCGUUUAUUGAUACCUUUGUUACUGUGUUCCUGGGCCCAUGUUUUCAGAACUUAUUCCUUAUGUAUUUGUUUCAUGAUAUGCUGUGCUAAUAUAUCUUGCUAAAAUAAUAUUGUUGCAAGGACAGCACUGUCUAUAUUAUAAAAUUUAUAAUAUAGACAGUAACACAAAUAGUACAAUCACUCUGAUUGCCUGGAUGACUUGAAUGAGAGAAUGCAAUACAAUAAGUAUUGUGUUGUCAAGAAUUUUUGCUGUGCCUGCUUAUCACAUGAGCAUGCUUUUACAAAAAUUUAUGCUGAAAACUAGAGAAGUUUUUCUCAUUCACCCUUUUCCUCAACUGCUAAAACUUGAAUAAUCUUUACAAACAGACUGUAUGAAAAUUUUUUGCUCAAGUUGACAGUUUAAGCAGGAAAAUUUGAUGAAAUCUUUCUUGCAAAACAAGAAGUGGUCAAGUGUAAAAAAUCUUCAUGUAUAGCACUUAAAUAGUGAAAAGUAAGAAUUUCUCUUUUAAUCAGUACCAGUAACAAGGAAUUUUGCUUCUGUCUAGUCAGAAAAGUUAUUUUAUAAAAGCAAUAGAAAACGUUUUUUCCUGUGUUUGUAGGGCCUAAUAUAAACACCCCAGGGACUGGGAGAAUUAUCUGCUGCUAUGCAAACUCUCAACUUCGUCUCAGGUUUGCAUAACUGUCUCAAAUUUUCCCAACACCCUCUCCUCUCUAUGUAAUUACAAAAAAAGUUUUUUCGCUGAACUUAGUAUAAAACUUAAAAUUCUGUUGUAGAUUCAACAAAUGUACAUGAAGAUCUUAGCUCAGCGAGCGGCAUAUCAGGCCGGUGGUGCAGUAAAACAAGAUAAUGAUAAGCCAAAGUAUGAGUAUGAUUCAGAUGAAGAUACUGAAGGUGGCACAUGGGAGCACAAAAAAAGAAAAAAAGAGAUGUUAAAAACACUAGGUUUGCUGAGUGAUACUAAUAAAUAAUUAAAGGAUGCAAGGAAAAAAGCCUUGAGGGACUUUUGAUCAGCUUCCAGAUUCUCCUUCUAAAAUAAAUGUCUUGUACAGUAUUUGCUUGGACAAGAAAAGGGGAUUUUAGGAUUAUGCCAAAAGUCGGUUAGGGCCUUAUUCCUCACACCCCUUAUAAAUAUAUUUAUGCAGAGUGUGAAAACAUCUAGUGCAGUAAAAAGUUCAUUGGUCCACCCUUGUGGUGGGUUUGUUUUAAUGAUUGAUGUUGUGGUUCAGUUUUAUCCUUGGUUUAAAUUUUUUUGCCAUUUGUAUUAAAUCAUAAUCACACAUUACGAUACCCAAAAACAAAGGGAAAUAAAAUUUAAACCAAGGAUAAAAUUGGACCACAACAUAGAUACCAAGCUCGUUGACAUUUCUCCAGUCAACAGGGGUGGGGGUUUUACUUGGGUAAGAUGUGAGUUUAUGAAAAAGCUAGGUUGCUGAGUCAGAUUUUGGUUUUUCAGACUUUUCCUUGUGUCUGGGUUGUAUAUAAUGUUAAAAAAAAACCCUUUGCUACCCUCUGUAAAGAAAGUGUUGAGAGUAAGCGAUGCUUAUUAAUCAAGGUUAGAAGACUAACAGAUUUAUGUUUUAAUUCGUUUUCUCCCCUUUUUUUAUAGAUAAAGCUCAAGAGCUUACUGUGAAAGGCAAAGGAAAGCACCACAUAGGAGAUUUCCUUCCUGCUGAUGAACUAAAAAAAUUCACAGCCAAAGUCAAAGCUGUGAAGGGUGAAUCUUCCCUGGAUAACUAUGAUUUCUCCGACUAUGCUGAACACAAGAUCAAGGAAGAUAACAUUGGAUAUAAGAUGUUGCAGCAAGCUGGCUGGAAAGAGGGAAUGGGGCUUGGAUCACAGGGACAAGGAAUAACUGCCCCUGUUAACAAGUAUGUUGGUAAUUCAUGGCUUUAUCCAGAUAACCCUACCAGUGGAACCUUUCUUUUGUUUACUCAAUUUUGGCACACUUGAGAAAGACGCUCCACGAAUCAAGUUAGAUCUUUGUUGAGCUUGUGCGGCACGUUGCUAGGAUACUGUUUCUAACCAAGGCCUAAUUAGCCAAGCGCUUGGCACAGCAGACUCAGUUACAGUAUGACCAUCGGUUAAUUAAUUAAAGGAUGCUUGCACUUGAAUAAAUCAGUUUGACGGCAGGGAACAAAAUUGACUAGUCCAGAAGUUUGAGCUUCAGUGACCUCAAAGGUUUGAUGCGAUUCAGGUAGAACCUCCUUUUCUCCUCCUCACUCAACAAGACAAAAAGAGGGUGUGCUUGUGGGGUGUAGCCAGAUGAAAAUUCUUACUGUACAAUAUCAGAAAAAAACAAAAAAGCAUUUUCAUUGUCUUGCUGUCUUAGGCAUAAAAUUAUCGCAGUAGGCACGCACAAGAAAUUAGCCAUUUUAUGGGUAAACUGUCUUGGUUGCCCCUAAACUGGCUAUGGUUGUUUAAAUAAUUUAUGACUUAUUUUAAUUACAGGAGUCUUGUUUUAUAAUGCUAUGUGUAGUAAAUUCCAGCUUUACAGACACUCCACUAAUUACAAAUGCUCUGUUAUUCUGCUUAAAGCAUUUAACCAUAAUGAAGGACCCAAAAAACAAGUAGUGAAUUCCAUUUCCCGGAGACCCUCAAAGAGGCUUAAGGAAAAACACAGCUCCCUUUUUCCCUUGAAGCCAGUUAUCAAGUGUUAUACCUCCCAACUUAAGAAUAAAGCAAUUUUGUCUUUUGGUCAUAACUGUGAGAAAAAUAUUUGUUUGGGGCAAAUGGCAGAUUUCCCAGUUUCAAGGUACAUACAUGUAAGCAUUAUCACAUGCAAGUCUAAAGUUCCUGAGAGAGUUGAUUGUUUUGACACAUGGCGCCUGACGCAUUCUCUUCCAACUGGAAAAUGUGCAUUAGUUAAAAGGUACAACAAUAAGGACGUGUUUACAAGAAGGAAGGUUACCUUAGCACCCGCACAUUCCUACUAUUUUAUACAACAUAUUUUUAAGGCAGGUAACCUUACCUGAGUGCUGGGGUUGUCCAAGCCAGAGGGUUACCCUACCUACCUUGUCAACACUCUGUUAGGGAUAAAAAGCCUUUGCAGGACAACUUUGCUCCAUCAUGUGUGACCAGUAAUAUUGAAAAUUUGAACAGAGUUAUCCAAUUUUUGAGCUAAAUUUCAAACAUUGCUUAAUGUGCCAUCAUUUUGAUGAGUUUGUACAACUGUAGAAGCACAUUGAAACAUUUUGAUAGACAAAUCUAUUGUAAUUUAUUAUAAUUUGUUUGUGACCUUUAGGGGGCGAUCAGCUGAUGAGCUUGGUGGUCUUGGAGAAGAAAAGCCUGGUGAAAUACAAAGGGAAGAUGACGAGUUUGACUUAUACCGCAAGAGAAUGAUGCUAGCUUACAGAUUCCGUCCUAAUCCAUUGGUA